AUGCUUUUGGAUGUCAGGAAUCAUUACGAGUCUAGGAUUGGAUAUUUUGUUGAUCCGAAGACUGGAGAAGCAGCACUCAGGCCACCGAUCAGAAGGUUCUCGCAGUGGCCGCAGUAUGUGAAAAAAUACAUGACUGGAGCCGAAGCCCAGGAUGAAAAGGGAGGGAGACAGAUCAUGACUUAUUGUACGGGAGGUAUCAGAUGCGAGAAAGGUGCACGAUGGAUGGAAGAAAAUAUGGAGAAGAGAGAGGGUGAUAGUGUUUGCACCUUGAAGGGUGGAAUAGCUGCUUACAUGGCUUGGAUGGAUGAUGAGAUCAGGCUUGGAAAGAAACGCCCCGAAGAUUCUUUGUUCAAAGGAAAGAAUUACGUGUUCGAUGCUAGAGGCUCGACGGGAUUGGAAGGAGAUGGUUUGACGCAUCCUGUGUCAAGCUGUCAUGUCUGUGGCAGGCCCGAGGAUAGAUUGAGCAAGUGUCAAUCCAAGGGGUGUCACCUAAUACUUGUUGUCUGCGAGGCAUGCGAGAGUACGCACCCAAGGUGCUGCCAGAACUGUCAUAAGCUCGACGUAUCAGCGUCCAUCCCGAGCGCAGGUAAAGCUUCAAGGCCAAUCUGCGAAUGCGAACGGCAAAGAGAGGCCUUGCUAUGGGGCUCAGACAGAUUGAAGGGAAAGAAGCAAAAACAGAGCAAGAGAGAAAGUGCUGGCGGCAUCGAAAUUCAAGUCAAGGUAAUCGGAGAUCCUUGA